CUCUGCUCGCAUAUUCAACCGCAGCAGGGAAGACUAUUGGCGAGCAUGUAACAUAUUCACCCACACCUACCUCAUUAUUAUUGACAAGGCGGUUACGUGACUGUUUUUGAAAAGCUUUCAAUACAAACUGACAGCUUACAAAUAGUCCGUGCUGUCUUUGCAAUGUUAGCAAAACCGAAAGUGUGCCUAUGGGACGUGUUAGCGGCGUAGCUAGCUGCUAGCCAACGUUAGCAUCACAGCUGUCAAGCGCCACAGUCUACCCAGCCUGAUAGAUACUCCUCGUACAGUAAACCGAAAUGGCAUCCGUAGCAGCGGCGGCGCAUGACUCAAGUGCCGGCCCAGGUUCGAUACCCUUGGCUGAUGCUUUACUCCCAGCGAGUAUAUUCGCACCUGACCGGGGAGGAUGCGCGGACGACCCCGGGGAUGAGUGCUACGAUGACGGAGAGAUGCUCAACGGCAAGCCCGAGGAUCGAAGGGUCGACUUUACUAGCAAGCUGGCCCUGGUCAGUCCAAAUGGAGAGCAGUAUGACUCCUUACUCAGCCAGCUACGGGACAGGAUGGAAGAGGGGUCUGGAGAGACCAUCUAUGUGGUUGGGAUGGGUUCAGAUGGUGGUGACUGGGGUCUAAAUGACAAGGACAUGGAGGCCUCGGAGGCCACGGUGCGAUCCAUGUGCGCGCAGCUAGACGCUGACCUCAUCCCGCUGAGGGAACGCACCGAGGCGGAGGGUUUGGUGAGGGACUAUCUGAUUCGUCGGCGUGUGGGGGAGCUGGACUUCCUGGAGGUCAGAGUGGCAGUGGUGGGGAACGUGGAUGCUGGUAAGAGUACUCUUCUGGGGGUGUUAACACAUGGAGAGCUGGACAACGGCAGAGGCUUCGCUCGCCAGAAGCUCUUCAGGCACAAGCACGAGAUGGAGAGCGGAAGGACCAGCAGCGUGGGCAACGAUAUCCUCGGAUUCGACCAGGAGGGACAGGUGGUGAACAAACCGGAUAGCCAUGGAGGUAGCCUGGAUUGGACAAAAAUCUGCGAGAAGUCCUCCAAAGUCAUCACCUUCAUUGAUCUGGCUGGCCAUGAGAAAUACCUGAAGACCACCGUGUUUGGCAUGACCGGACACUUGCCAGACUUUUGCAUGCUCAUGGUGGGCAGCAAUGCAGGGAUUGUUGGGAUGACCAAAGAGCACCUGGGCCUGGCCUUAGCCCUCAACGUUCCCGUGUUUGUUGUGGUUACAAAAAUAGACAUGUGUCCUGCCAACAUCCUGCAAGAGACAUUAAAGCUGCUCCAGAGGUUACUCAAGUCCCCUGGCUGUAGGAAGAUCCCCGUCUUGGUUCAGAACAAGGACGACGUCAUCGUCACAGCGUCCAACUUCAGCUCAGAGAGGAUGUGUCCCAUUUUUCAAAUCUCGAACGUGACUGGAGAGAACAUGGACCUGCUCAAGAUGUUCCUCAACCUGCUGUCAUCACGCACAUGCUACAGAGACGACCAGCCGGCCGAGUUUCAGAUUGACGACACCUACUCCGUACCGGGAGUGGGAACGGUAGUGUCAGGAACUACUUUACGUGGACUGAUACGUCUGAACGACACCAUGCUACUGGGGCCAGACCCACUGGGCAGCUUUAUUUCCAUCGCCGUCAAAUCCAUCCACCGCAAGAGAAUGCCAGUGAAGGAAGUUCGAGGCGGGCAGACAGCAUCGUUUGCACUCAAAAAGAUCAAGCGCUCGUACAUAAGGAAAGGCAUGGUGAUGGUGUCCCCGAGAUUGAACCCGCAGGCCACCUGGGAGUUUGAAGCAGAGAUCCUCGUGCUGCAUCACCCCACUACGAUAUCGCCCCGAUACCAAGCUAUGGUCCACUGUGGCAGCAUAAGGCAGACGGCCACCAUCUUGUCCAUGAGUAGAGAUUGUUUACGAACAGGGGACAAGGCUUCUGUCCACUUCCGCUUCAUUAAGACCCCCGAGUAUCUUCACUGUGACCAGAGGCUGGUGUUCCGGGAGGGACGCACCAAGGCUGUAGGGACCAUCACAAAACUCCUGCAGUCCACCAAUAAUAUGCCGUCAAACUCCAAACCGCCACAAAUUAAAAUGCAGUCCACUAAAAAGGCACCUUCUCGAAAAGACGACGGCACCUCGGCAAACAACGACGAGGGGACGACGAUAGCGCAGUCAGCCGGCCCGAGUGUGACACAACAGGGAGAGGGGGAUGAGGACCCUCAGUUAAAGGAGGGCAACAAAGAAAACAAGCCAAAGACUGGAGGGGGUGGAAGGAGAAGAGGAGGCCAGAGACACAAAGGAAAAGGCCAGAACAUCUCUGCAGCGGCUGCCUCCACGUCAGGAACAGGAGGCUGCUGAGCUGCACACCCAUCCACGUUGCUUACCUCCCUCUCCAUUACACCAUUCCUGACUAUUUUAGUGCAAAACACUCCUCAGUCUUAUUCCACUUUGCCUUUUUCUUUUUUAUACCAGGGUUUUAUUGUAAAGUGAACAUGAAAGCUAUGCCCCCAUGUUUAGAACGGCUUACAUGACACACAGCAAAGUAGAAGAUAGCUUCAGUCCAUCAUUCAUUUGAUAUGUUUUAUCUUGAGAGGGAGGUAAAACCCCAAAAGAAGGGUCCAAUAAAUAUGAGCAGCUAAAAGCCAAACUUGCCCAUGCGUUCCCUGGGAAUUUGCAAAAGAAUUUUUAAAAACAACAUUCUUGGUAUUUAUACUUGAUGUAUCAAAUCCCUGAGGAGAAGGAUUCAAAUGAAUGUAGCACACGUUAAAUUCUUGAUAUAAUCAUAAAAGCUGUUGCAUUUUAUAACGAUCCAUUAUUUAUUUGGCAUAUAUGCAAAAAAUUUUACCCUUUGAUGUGUGACUUUUGACCGCGUUUCAGUUGUGCUCGCUUACCCGGUUGUGUGCACCAUAUGGACACACGCGAUACAACGCAGCAUGUCCACAUUCUCGUCACAUCACCCCAGCAUUAAGACAUUAAGACAUGCAGUGCUUGCAGUGCUAGUACUCUACUGCCCCUUGUGCUUGCAGCGUGCUACUGUUAACAUGUGCCACUUUGACCCCAGUAAAAGCUGUCAAUAAACUGGCUGUUCUGAGCUGCA